AUGCCCAUCGACAUCACGCUUCCACUGCACAAGUACUCGUACGCUCCGGGAAAACCUGAAGGACCUCUCUCGUGGACACACCUCUAUGACGGCGACCUGUUCCUGCUCCUGAGGGGCGACGGGGAGCGUCCUCAUCGUGGGGCAUUGACCCUUCAGAUAGUCCAUGCAACCAAAGUCAAGGUCGGCGCCUAUCCUAUCGGCGUCCAUCACAUACGCAGUCUCAGCUGAUUUCUGUGUCAGGAGCAAAUCAAUGUCGGGGACCUGGUCGAUCAAGCCUUCGACAUGCGCCGCCGCCAUUAUGAAGCGGGCGGCGGCGACAUUCAGAAUGAUCACCUGCCCAUUUUCGGGAUUACCAAGGACUCCGCAUUGGCCAUCCGAUGGAAACGUAUGGGACUUGUAAGUAUAAUCGUCCACGAGAAAAGCUGUGCUUGAGACUAAUGAAUUCUCUAGUCCGACAGAAUCCAGCUACGCCUGAGCAGUCCCGCGCAAUGUCAAGAGGUCAAAGGCGUUCUCUCGCGUCGCGGCAUGGAAUUCGAAGAGCGAUCAUCACGGCCCGUCCAUCCCGAUCUAGCUUCAGACCGCCCAAGCUCAGCAUUGCUAGACAAUCAGUCGGCGAACAAGCAACAGAGCUCGCCGUUCUUCCCAUCCGAACAAACCACGAACAGUAGAAGUCCGUUUCGUCUACAGGAUGUGGAAGCCGGAAGUCUGUCACACCCUUACACCUCGCGUCACGACGACGGCAGACCACCAAGUUCCGCCCAUGGUAGUCGUGCGCGGCCGCAACCUCCAACUCCGCCACGUUUCAACACCGAAAUGGAAGCUAGAACGACCACAGCCACUUUUAGUGGGCACUCUGGCAACGCUCAGAUGCCGAGAUCAUAUACCACGCCGUCACAGCCAGUGGCAACUGCGACUUCGGAUAUUCGAGGGGCCCCGGCUGAAAGUGGUGCUGAGCGGCCAUCCUCGAGCUCUCAGACUGUGACCGUAGACCUGAUCCGUCAGGCAGUCGAGGCGGACGAGUCAUCAGGCACGUGUUCUCCAAGCCGACCAGUCUGGUCCUCUACGGCAGAACACGACCGCUUAUCAGGACCUUUCGGACCCUCCUCUAAUUCAGGUGAACCUCGCCCAGGGACUGCCGCAUCUGCAGCUUCAGCGACCGGCUCACAGAUGCCACCGUUUGAAUACCAGCGCGAUGACAGCCAACGCAGCAGUGGCGGUAACUCAUCGCGACCCAGCAGCUCAGCGCUAGCACUUCCAGACCUUGUGAGACCCAGAGCUGUGGAAAACCGACCUUCAUCUUCAGCGAGGGCGGAGUCGUCCAAUGUCGCAACUGCCUCUCACAAUUCUCGGCCCGGGAGUGCCAUGCCGCAGCCUCGGUCUCCUGCUGUCAUGGAGAUUGUCGGUAAGGAAACACAGAACCAAAGCCAUCAUCGUACGCAGCCAGAUCUUCGGCCAUCGCUAAAUGCCACUGCAGCUGCAAUUCGAGACCAAGGCAGACCGCUAGAACAGACAAUCCCUAUGGAUGAGCUGAUCUAUGGUAACGGCAGUAUCCUCGCACAAAGGUCAAACAAGUUCCGUAUUCAGCGCAAGCCAAGCUCAAUCGAUGCACCGCAUGAAUUCGAGUCUCCACCGCCGACAGCAAGGCCAUCAGAAUCGGAGAACAUGGUCUUGCGAAGCAAUUACUCGUCAGAGGAUGUCAAUACUUAUCGCGCGUAUACUGCCUCUAGCUCGCCUGACCGCGGCAAGGGUAAUGAGGCGCUUCUCGAGAAAUGGCAUUCACAGCCUCAACAUGAAAGACAAGCUGCGCUGGAGCAAUUCAUGGUGGACAACCUGGAGAACCCGCUUUUCACUACGCUCUGCGAAGAGAUCGAGGGAUGUUGGUCCAGGCUCUCCAAGGGCCUUUGA